ACAUGAUAGGAGCAUUUCUCAGUGCGGGGUGCCCAUCACUGACCUCACCUCGCACUAGCUAUCAGCUUCUCAUCGUCGUCGUCGUCUUAGCAGCACUCAUCCACCACGUACGAUCCAGCAGCUGCUACCCUUGCAUUUUGCAUUGCCAGAUCUACCCCACCAUUUGUAGUACUAUACACUCAGCUCCUCUUCCUUCUUAUUAGCUACCAAUUCAACCAGCUCUCUUUUGUAUAUAUAUGUGUACCUGUAUAUAUAUAUAUAUAUAUAACCAUGCAGUGUGGCUUGCAGUACAGAGAGGAGGAUCUGGUAUAAGUAAGCAAGUGUACUCAUCAGCAAAGCAUCCAGCAUUCCAGCUAGCGAGCAGCUAGUACUAGAAUCUAUAUAUCGUACACAAGUAGUGGAGGCAUCUAUCUGCAGUCCCUUUCUUCUUCCUCUCGAUUGAUAGGUGCAUCGUCGAUCGAAGCUUAUUUGUUUUCUUGGGUGGCCUUUGUCUCUGUCUGCCGGCCAGCCACCAAGCUAUUAAGUCCAUCCAGCGCCAAGCAGCUCACAGAGAUCGGUCGACGACGGGGACAAUUCGGAGCUAGCUAGGGAGGAUCGGAGGAGAAGGACACCAUCAACGACGCCUGGCCGGCCGCUGCCGUAGGGGAGGAAGAUCGAGGAGGCCGAUCGACGACACCGAUGGACGAUCAUCUUCAUCAUCAGUUGAUGGCGACACCGGCAGCAGCAGCAGCAAGCAUGUGCGGCAGCAAGAGCAAGAAGCUGCAGGGCGGUGGUGGUGGUGAGCAUCGUAGUAGUAGGGGCAGCGGCGGCGGCAACAGUCCGCCGGCGGCGAUGAGGAAGGGCCCGUGGACGGAGGAGGAAGACGCUCAGCUGGUAUGGUUCGUCCGCUUGUUUGGUGAACGCCGGUGGGAUUUCUUAGCAAAGGUCUCAGGUCUGAGGCGCACCGGCAAGAGCUGCCGCCUACGGUGGGUCAACUACCUCCACCCGGGGCUCCGGCGCGGCCGCAUCACCGCCGACGAGGAGCGCCUGAUCCUGCAGCUCCACGAGCAGUGGGGCAGCCGGUGGUCGCGCAUCGCUAGGAGCCUGCCCGGGCGCACCGACAACGAGAUCAAGAACUUCUGGAGGACGCGCGCCAGGAAGCAGAAGGCGGCGGCGCAGCAGCAGCAGGGCAGCCGGAGCAGCAAGACGGCGUCGGCGUUCUCGGGGUCGUCGUCGUCGUCGUCCGUGACAGCCACCACGUCCAGGUCCAGCUGCUCUGGCUCUCCGAGUCCGAGUCCGAGUCCGAGCAGCGGCGGCUGUGGCGGCACGGCCACCACGUCAUCUUCUGCCGUGACCGAGUCAGCGCUGCGGCAAAGCAGCGGCGGCGACAACGACGACGAGGACGCCGAGCUCGACGAGGCGUCCACCACCACCGCCGCAAGGCAACAUCAGUAUCAUCACCAGCAGCAGCAGCAGGAGUGCUACGCCUCUGACCACUUCUUCUGGAACGACAUCGCGGCGGCGGAGGCGGCGAGCUACAUGUUCAUCGACGGCUUGGCAGGAGCCGGUCCCGGUGGUCAUCCCGCAACCGCAGAGGUGGGCGCGGAGCCGCCUUCGUCGCCGACGUGGGAGUACUGCUCGGAUUACUCGCUCUGGAGGAUCGACGACAACGAGUACUACAAGAAGAUGCUCGACUCCUCCUGAUUUCAUCAGGAGCCAUCUAUAUAUGCAUAUCGAUCAUUAGCUUAUUUGUUUUCUGCUGUUUAGUCUAGCAGCUAUAUGAAUUCAAACGUUCGCCUUUAAUAUUUCGUUGCAUCUGUUCGUAUGUUAUAUGUAAUAAUAUACUAAGUACAUAUAUGUAUUUGCAUCUGCAUACUGUAACUACAUAGUAUAUAUCUACACGUAGUGACGUACUUUGAAGCAUAUAUAUGUGUGUACGAAACUA